AUGGGAGCUGCUCUCACGACAGCAGCUACCAAAUGGGAGCUGCUCUCACGACAGCAGCUACCAAAUGGACGCUACUCUCACGACAGCAGAUACCAAAUGGACGCUACUCUCACGACAGCAGAUACCAAAUGGGCGCUGCUCUCACGACAGCAGCUACCAAAUGGGCGCUGUUCUCACGACAGCAGAUACCAAAUGGGCGCUGCUCUCACGACAGCAGCUAUCAAAUGGGCGCUGCUCUCACGAUAG